CGGCUGCUGUCUGGGAGGGAGGCCGGGCAGGCGGCGGAGCUGCGCGGCGCGGCUCACAACCUGACGGGGAAGUGGUCCGGGCGUCCGCGGCUGACUGCCCCGUGGUGGACGGACGGACGACGGAGGCGGGAGGUGGGAGCCGAGCCGGGCGCCCGAGAAAGCUAGCGGGUCAGGCUCAGCGUCGGCGACCCUAGUCGGUCCGCUGAAUGAAGUGCCCGCCCCGCUGAGCCCGGAGCCCGGCGCUUUCCCCGCAAGAUGGACGGUUUCGCCGGCAGCCUCGAUGAUAGUAUUUCUGCUGCAAGUACUUCUGAUGUGCAAGAUCGCCUCUCAGCCCUUGAGUUACGAGUUCAGCAACAAGAAGAUGAAAUCACUGUGCUAAAGGCAGCUUUGGCUGAUGUUUUGAGGCGUCUUACAAUCUCUGAAGAUCAUGUAGCCUCAGUGAAAAAAUCAGUCCCAAGUAAAGGCCAGCCAGGCAUUCGAGAAGCUAUUUCCCUGUCCUGUAUAACCAAUGGGAGUGGUGCAAGUAGAAAACCAAGUCACACCAGCUCUGUUUCAAUCGCAAGAAAAGAAACUCUUUCAUCUGCUGCUAAAAGUGGUACAGAAAAAAAGAAAGAAAAACCACAAGGACAGAGAGAAAAAAAAGAGGACUCUCACUCUAAUGAUCAAAGUCCACAAAUUCGAGCAUCACCUUCUCCCCAGCCCUCUUCACAGCCUCUCCAAAUACACAGACAAACUCAAGAAAGCAAGAAUUCUACUCCCACCAAAAGCAUAAAACGACCACCAACAGCUGAAAAGUCACAUAAUUCAUGGGAAAAUUCAGACGAUACCCGUAAUAAAUUACUGAGGGCAGUUUCAACAUCAAAAUUAAUAUCAAAAGUUAUAAAAAAUGCAGACAAGCAUAAAGAUGUCAUCAUCAACCAAGCAAAAAUGUCAACCCGUGAAAAAAACAGCCAAGAAGGAGAAUAUGUUAAAAUGUUUAUGCGAGGUCGACCAAUUACAAUGUUCAUUCCUUCUGAUGUUGACAAUUAUGAUGACAUCAGAACAGAGCUGCCUCCUGAGAAGCUCAAACUGGAGUGGGUAUAUGGUUAUCGAGGAAAGGACUGUCGAGCUAAUGUUUACCUUCUUCCUACCGGGGAAAUCGUUUAUUUCAUAGCAUCAGUAGUAGUACUAUUUAAUUAUGAGGAGAGAACUCAACGACACUACCUGGGUCAUACAGACUGUGUGAAAUGCCUUGCUAUACAUCCUGACAAAAUUAGGAUUGCAACUGGACAGAUAGCUGGAGUGGAUAAGGAUGGAAGGCCCCUGCAACCCCAUGUCAGAGUGUGGGAUUCAGUUAGUCUAUCUACACUGCAGAUUAUUGGACUUGGAACUUUUGAGCGUGGAGUAGGAUGCCUGGAUUUUUCAAAAGCAGAUUCAGGUGUUCAUUUAUGUGUUAUCGAUGACUCCAAUGAACAUAUGCUUACUGUAUGGGAUUGGCAGAAGAAAUCAAAAGGAGCAGAAAUAAAGACAACAAAUGAAGUUGUUUUGGCUGUGGAAUUCCAUCCAACAGAUGCAAAUACCAUAAUAACCUGUGGUAAAUCUCACAUUUUUUUCUGGACCUGGAGUGGCAAUUCACUAACAAGAAAACAGGGAGUUUUUGGGAAAUAUGAAAAACCAAAAUUUGUGCAGUGUUUGACAUUCUUGGGGAAUGGAGAUGUUCUUACUGGAGACUCAGGUGGAGUCAUACUUAUAUGGAGCAAAACUACUGUAGAACCCACACCUGGGAAAGGGCCUAAAGGUGUUUAUCAGAUCAGCAAACAAAUCAAAGCUCAUGAUGGCAGUGUGUUCACACUUUGUCAGAUGAGAAAUGGUAUGUUAUUAACUGGAGGCGGGAAAGACAGAAAAAUAAUUCUGUGGGAUCAUGAUCUGAAUCCUGAAAGAGAAAUAGAGGUUCCUGAUCAGUAUGGAACAAUCAGAGCUGUAGCAGAAGGAAAGGCAGAUCAAUUUUUGGUAGGCACAUCACGAAACUUUAUUUUACGGGGAACGUUUAAUGAUGGCUUCCAAAUAGAAGUACAGGGUCAUACUGAUGAGCUUUGGGGUCUUGCCACGCAUCCCUUCAAAGAUUUGCUCUUGACAUGUGCUCAGGACAGACAGGUGUGCAUGUGGAACUCGGUGGAACACAGGCUGGAAUGGACCAGGCUCGUAGAUGAACCAGGACACUGUGCAGAUUUUCAUCCAAGUGGCACAGUGGUGGCCAUAGGAACGCACUCAGGCAGGUGGUUUGUUCUGGAUGCAGAAACCAGAGAUCUAGUUUCUAUCCACACAGACGGGAAUGAACAGCUCUCUGUGAUGCGCUACUCAUUAGAUGGCACCUUCCUGGCUGUGGGAUCUCAUGACAACUUUAUUUACCUCUAUGUAGUCUCAGAAAAUGGAAGAAAGUACAGCAGACAUGGAAAGUGCACUGGACAUUCCAGCUAUAUCACACACCUUGACUGGUCUCCAGACAACAAGUACAUAAUGUCUAACUCGGGAGACUAUGAGAUCCUGUACUGGGACAUUCCAAAUGGCUGCAAACUAAUCAGGAAUCGAUCAGAUUGUAAGGACAUCGAUUGGACGACAUACACCUGUGUGCUAGGCUUUCAAGUCUUUGGUGUCUGGCCAGAAGGAUCUGAUGGGACAGAUAUCAAUGCACUGGUGCGAUCCCACAAUAGAAAGGUGAUAGCUGUUGCUGAUGACUUCUGCAAAGUCCAUCUGUUUCAGUAUCCCUGCUCCAAAGCAAAGGCUCCCAGUCACAAGUACAGUGCCCACAGCAGCCAUGUCACCAAUGUCAGCUUUACUCAUAAUGACAGUCACCUGAUUUCAACUGGUGGAAAAGACAUGAGCAUCAUUCAGUGGAAACUUGUGGAAAAGUUAUCUUUGCCUCAAAAUGAGAUUGUAGCUGACACCGCGCUCACCAAAGCCCCCAUCUCUUCCACUGAAAGCGUCACGCAGUCAGAUGCUCCCACACCACCUCCUUCCCAGCCCGUAAACGAGGCCGCUGAAGAAGAGAGCAGGAUAAGCAGUUCUCCCACGCUUCUGGAGAACAGCCUGGAGCAGACUGCGGGGCCCAGCGAAGACCACAGUGAGGAGCAGAGUGAGGGGGGCAGCGAAGACCUCGGUGAGCCUGCCUGUGAAGAGCCAGCCCCCGAGAUGAGUGAGGGGCGGAGCGCAGGCGCUCUUCCCGGGGACCAGCGAGACCCUUCACCCCUGCCCUAACGCCAGGACUUCAGUGCGGCUCGCUUUUUCCUUCAACUGCAUGAUGUGCUCUUGCGAUAAAGUUCAGAUAACAGGCCAGAAGUGAUGGAGAAUCACUAUUGAUGGAGAUUUUGGUUUCCACGUAAUCUGUUUUCAGUAGUCUUAUCUUCCGUCUCUUAAAUGCAGUCGACCUAAAGGUUCGGUUUGAUGUGUGCUGAAAAUUAACCAAACUUAAUAGUAGGAAAAGACUGAAACAUUAAUUGUGUCUCAGAAAUUACUGUGUACGUGAGUGGUAUGAUGUUAAUACUGGAAACAAAAACAGCGGUUGUAUAGAUUUUAAAUAAACCCCUCAUUAUCUGAGCAGGUUUUCUUCAGGAACAACCAGAGGCAUCACAAACACUGUUACUCAUCUGCUGGCUCAGACUGCUACUUUUUUUUUUUUUUUUUCCUAAUGCUGAAAAUCAGAAAAACAAAACAAAAACCAAAAAAAACCUUCUCUUACUGAGAUUCCCUCCCACCCCAAAUGUCUAGUGGAAAUUUUUUAGUCAAGAAAAACUUCAUUAGUGCCAUGAGCAGUGGUGUUGCCUUCUUAAAUAACAACACCCUUUUCUUACAUAGCCAGCAGAUGUCCAGAUGUGCUUGUUAGUCUACCAUGUAGGUGCUGCCUUUUCUAAGUCAGAGUGAGGAACAGUCCCUUAAUUUCCUGUGCGCAAAUCUAUUUUAUCUUAGAACUAAGAAAGCAGUGGUUUGUUAGAGAGCUUUUAAUGUAUAUUAAACCAUUGAUACUCCGAAAUAAUGGAUUCCUCCAAGGAUUCCUUUACUGGCCUAAACAUUUUCAAAUGUUUGGCGUUCAAGUGAGUGAACAGAAGAAACCGCAUGCCUAUAAAAUUAAACUUGGCUAAUCUUAGCUUAGCCUUCAUCAUAAUUUGCUCCUUCAAUAACAGAAAUAUUAAUAAAGUUUAAAUGAUUGAAUUGGUGCUUGAAAUUCACUGGUUUAGUUGUAAUUUUUAUACAGAUUAUUGAGGGAUAAAAUACUCAACAAAUUGCAAAUUCUUUUUUAUGUAAGUGUGAAUAAUAGUCAGGCAUUUUUUAUAAAUUGCAUACUUAACAGACCUGCUACACACAGUGAUUUUUCUCUGGUGGAGUUGCUUUAAGCCUUGCAAUUCUGAUGUGGCUAUCCUCUGCUGUUUGGGGGCAGUGCAUGUGUUAUUAUGCAUUGGAUAGUUGUUUUUUUAAGUUUUGUCAGAUUAUGUUUUUCUUAAGUAUGUGUUUCCUAUUUUCAAAAUAAUUACUGACAAAUAUGCAUUUCCUAUAUAUUUGUUUAUACUUUGAUUAUAAAAAGACUUUUAUUUUUUAACUUGCAAUGUUUUGAUAUCUUUUUUUUUUUUUU